CGCCGGCCUGGCCAUGGAGGAGCGCUGGCACCGGGGGCUGGCGGCGCUGCUGCUGGGGCUGCUGCUCUUCGGCGGGCUGGUGCUGCAGUACGGGUGUCCGGGCAGCCGGUGCCGGCUGGGGCGGGGGGGGGGGCCGGGGCGGGGGCGGGCGGCGGGGGACCCUUACCGGGCGGAGGACGGGAGCCCCGCGCGCUUCGUGCCGCGGCUGAACUUCUCGGCGGCGGAGCUGCUGCGCCGCGUGGACUUCCGCAUCGCGGGCGACGACCUGAUGGUCUUCCUGCACAUCCAGAAGACGGGCGGCACCACCUUCGGGCGGCACCUGGUGCGCAACAUCCAGCUGGCCCAGCCCUGCCAGUGCCGCGCCGGCCAGAAGAAGUGCACCUGCCUGCGGCGCAAGCGCGAGACCUGGCUCUUCUCGCGCUUCUCCACCGGCUGGAGCUGCGGCCUCCACGCCGACUGGACCGAGCUCACCAACUGCGUGCCGGCCCUGCUGGACAGCAAGCGCGACGCCCGGCUCCGGCCCAGCCGGAAUUACUACUACAUCACCAUCCUGAGGGACCCGGUUUCCCGCUACCUGAGCGAAUGGAGGCAUGUCCAAAGAGGAGCCACCUGGAAGGCCUCCUUGCAUGUCUGCGAUGGGCGGUCGCCCACUUCCGAGGAACUUCCGAGCUGCUACUCGGGGGACGACUGGUCAGGCUGCUCUCUGCAGGAGUUCAUGGAUUGUCCCUACAACCUGGCCAACAACCGUCAAGUCCGCAUGCUGGCUGACCUGAGCCUGGUGGGCUGCUACAACCUGUCCGUCAUGCCGGAAGAGCAACGGAACAAGGUCCUCCUGGACAGCGCCAAGGAGAACCUCAAGCGCAUGGCCUUCUUCGGCCUGACGGAAUUCCAGCGGAAGGCCCAGUACCUCUUCGAGAAGACCUUCAACAUGAACUUCAUCUCGCCCUUCACCCAGUACAACAGCACCAGGGCCUCUAGCGUGGACAUUGAAGGGGCCACCCAGCAGCGGAUCGAGGCUCUCAAUUUUUUAGACAUGGACCUCUACGAUUAUGCAAAAGACCUUUUCCUCCAGCGGUACCAGUUCACGAGGCAGAAGGAGCACCAGGAAGCCCGACGGAAACGGCAGGAGCAGCGGAAGGCCUCGCGGGCCAAGCUGGGCCACAGCAGAGAGCAGGAGGGCCGAAAUGCGACCGCAGAUUACAUUGGGAACGUGGAACAGUGGCGAUAAGGAGGAGGGUGCAGCGAGAAAAGGCACAGAGCUAGGCGCUUCUCCGGGAGAGGUGGGGAAGAGGGGUGGCGGCCUUUUGCAUUCAGUGUUGUGCUGUAGAUGGGUGAACCUUUUAAUCUGUGUUGUCUCGGAUCUGUCCCUGUCAAGAAAGACAGAAAGCUUUGGCCCCUUGGGCUGCCGUCAUUCUCGUUCACCAUGACGACUUGGCAGAUCCCAAGUGGGAACAGCGAAGGCUGAGCUACAAAGACUACGAUGGGGGGAAGGAGGAGGAGAGGGUUUCCUGAGAUGGGGGCAUCACAGGGGAGCCAUUUCUGCAUUUUAUAAGGUGGCCUGAGAUUCUGGUACUUUUUUUAUAGGUCUCGGAGAUCAGAAAACACCUGGGAAGGGCGUAUUAAAUUGGGCAGUGUGUA